UCUACAAUUGGAGAGCGUCGAGAGGGUCAUCAUUUAGCGGGACAGCCUGUGCCGCUGGGGAAGAACACUUCCAUACGGGGCAUCUGACCGGUGAGACGAGAUCUUGACCAUAGGCGUUCGUCGUGUUGGGUGCUGGUGCUUGGACAGUGUUAUUGAUGAUUAUUCUGGUCCCUCGUUUGCGCGCGGCUCCCCAAGUCCCUUUGUCUCACGCUCUGGAGGUGGUUUCGCAUGUCUGCAGCUUCCGAACUGCAUGCGACCAAGAUCGCCGCAACGACCUCGUGAGAAUCAUGAAAGCCAAAAAGUCACCGAUAGACAAUUUCAGCCUUGGCACACGCGACCACGGAAGCAUCGUCGAACAUUCCACUGCUUCUUCCAGAAUGAUCGUUCCACAUUCCAUACCUCUUCCAUUCCUCUUCCAUCCUCUGCCUCCUCCUUCCUUACCUCAUCGUGCUUCACCGCCCGGGAUGCUCUUCCAUAUUAAUGAAUUGAUCACAAUGUUUAUUUUUCCCGCCGCUCGUGGUCCUUCCGAAGGAGCAGGGGAGACGAUCCCGCCAUGCCAAGACCACGCUUCUGGGUUGAGCCAGUCAGCAAGGAGUCAUGCAGUCAGACCCGCUUGACCCCGAAUGGAAAAUGCGUGGAAGCACUCUAGAAGGAUGGAAGGAUGCAAGGAGGAAGGAAUUGGUCGACGUGGCGUCUUUCUAGAACAUUUCCCAAUCUGCUGGGUGGCGCGGGAAGUGGAUCCUUGCCCCAUCCAGCGCCCAACCCAGGAACAACCCAUGAAU